AUGGCCGUCAAUGUGCACCGCGUUCUCCACACGACCGUCUUCACCUGCUUCUCCUUCCUCCUAUUCCUCCUCAUCAUCCUGACCCCCGCCGACGCGAUCUACCAAUGCUACAUCACGAGCCGACUGACGAACAUCUUCAUCAUCACGGGCGGCUACAUCGUGACCUUCCUCCUCGCCGUCCUAAUCUACUCGACGCGCAUCUACACCAACCGCAGCGUGCUGUCCGGGAUCCCAAAGGCAUGGAUCCCCGUCGAGAAAGAAGACGUGGGGAAGAGCGUGCGCCGACUGGUGAAGGAAGGCCUCGCCCAUAGCGCCAUCAUCGCCUACCAAGCGCGACCGCGCGACAUCGCCUCCGACGCGCACAGCUUCAACUUCUCCGACUACGAAUCCCUCCUCGUCGACCACGACCAGCCGCCCUGGGGCGACAUCGAACACCCAGGCUGGUCCUCCCCGGGAUGCCCGGACCUGCCCGACCUCCCCUACCGCACCGUCGUCCACGAACUCCCCCACCUCAUCGAAGCCAAGGCCGUCUCCCUCGCGCCCCCGGACCCCAUCUUCACCGCCACCCACCGCGCCCUCCGCGCCCCCUUCCCAGGCAUCGAGGAAUCCGUCCCCGACACCCGCGUCGUCGGCGUCCUCCGUCGACCCAUCUCCAUGGGCCUGAGAGGAUACAUCCAGCACCUGACGGGACUGAACGUGGUUCAGCCCGCAGAAAUCGGCGCGGAAUUCGUGGCUCUGUACGAGCGCGCGCGGUUCUCGGCGCGCGAGCUGCACGAGGAGGAGUUCCGCACCCUGAUGCACGUGUUUGCGGAGCUGUUGCGCGGCAUGAAGGGGUUGGAUCCUAGGGUGUUGGAUGAGUUGAGGGGGGGUAGUUCGAGGACAGCUGAUAGCGAGUCCCUGAUCGGGCCGUCGGAUGAGGAAGGAGAGACCGAUACGGUGGAUUCUUUUGAGGUUGAUGCUGAUGGCGAUGGCGGUAGCAUUGAACGCGGCCGCAGCAAUGGUAGUCUGCAGCCGUCGAACGCCUCGUCCACUUGGGAUGGGAAACACGGUCGCUGGUCGCCGGUUUGGUCGAGACGUCAUCAGACUCACGGCUCACGCGCACCGCCGCGGACGCCAUCCAUGCGCUCGCUUAGACAAGUCCAGUCUAACGCGUCUGGUACUUCGGGGUCAGGGUCAGGGUCAGGGGGGAGUGUCAUUCGCUUGGUCGAGACGCGGAGUCCCAGCAGCGAUGCAAACGCAGAAGCGAAAGCGAAAGCAAGAGCGGCGAUAACCUCCCCCGAAGACUUCAAGCAAGCGCCCUCCGCCGAGGCGCUCUUCACGAAAGUCGACCCCGCGAUCGACGGCGAAGAAUGUCUGCACGACUGCGCGUCCUGCACGGUGAAAUACCCCGCCAAGUUCGACGUCGAUCAGGAGGAUAACAUGUACGGGAAUGUGAAUGGGUGGGCGACUCAUGUGCUUGUUGCCACGGGGAAGUCGGAUUGGGUGCGCGAUGUCGCGGAUGAGGAGGGGAGCGUGAUGGAGGCGAUUGAGAAGGGGGGGUUGGGGGGGGAUACGGGGAAUGGGAAACUCAAACUCUCCGCCUCCAACAUGCCCGUCCCAGACGAAUACCACUACGCCGACCCCGGAAAACAACCCACCACCGUCCUCCUCCUCCCUGACUUCACCAUCAUCGAUCAGGUCACGCCCGCUCUGGCGCCGGAUCUGAUCAAGUACUUUGUCAACCGCGCGAGCACGACCACCACGCCCCUUGCCAUCAUCCUCCUCUGCUCGCACCGCACCCGCGACGCCCGCUGCGGCCAAUCCGCGCCCCUCCUGCGCAAAGAGUUCGAGCGCCAUCUGCGGCCCCUGGGCCUGUACCGGGAUCUGGACGACGAGAGGCCCGGCGGCGUGGGCAUCUAUUUCAUCAAUCAUGUUGGCGGGCAUAAGUAUGCGGCGAAUGUGAUUGUUUAUCGGCGGGGGGAGGGGGGUUGGGCUCGUGGUGAGGGAGAGGAAGGGCAGGGCAAGGCAGGCGAGGGCGCUGCGCAGGGUAUCUGGUUGGCGAGGGUGAGACCGCAGGAUUGUGAGAAUAUUGUGCGGUUUACGGUGUUGCAGGGGAAGGUGGUUAAGCCGGAGGUGCAUUUGAGGGGUGGGUUUGAUAGGGAGAUGGGGUUGGUGAGUUGGUAG